UGCAAUUCAAGUGAAGUCACAGAGUUUGGGUUCGAAUGGGAAAGUCAUUUCACGUUUUCAUUCUCCUCCUCUGCUUUGCAGCACUAACAUCCUCAACCCAAGUUUGGGUGGAGAAGCAACUGGAACAGAGCCUUGUUACUGUUGGAAAUCAGCAGCAUAAGCACAGGCAUUCUGGGUUCUCUCAGGCAGAGUGCCCAGGAGCAUGUACUUACAGGUGCUCACAGACAGCUUACAAGAAGCCGUGUAUGUUCUUCUGCCAAAAGUGUUGCUUCAAGUGUAGAUGUGUUCCCCCUGGCACUUAUGGUCAUAAAGAAGUUUGUCCCUGCUAUAACAACUGGAAGACCAAGAGAGGAGGUCCUAAAUGCCCCUGAAUUUUAUAAGAGCUUUUGUUCCAACAAGAAUUGAUAUUCUCGUGGAGCCAAAAACAAAUUGUCUACAUAGCUUUCAUGUUCUUCAUUAGCAUUUUAAAAAUGAAUGUAUGGAAGUGACAAUUUGAAACAAACAGAGUUCUUCAUUAACUGCACUAUCUAGAAAAUUAAGGUUGUAUUCGGUUUGA